UCUUCAUUAAUUGAAACAAAAAAUAAAUUAUAUCCGUUUGCAGAAUCAUCUCAAACCGAGUUUGAAUUUCACAAAAUUUGCCUUACAUAGAAAGAAAAACUUCGAUUUCAUUCUUUAAAUUCAGAAUAAGAGAUUACAUAAAGGAGUAACUAUAACAGAAUGAGUGAUAAUAGUGCUGGUGGGGACUCAAACACUGGGGAUGGCACAAGUGGUAACAGUCAGGGCGGUGCAGGUACCCAGCAGCAAACCACUGUACUAAAUUACAUGCUAACCAACAAAAUUGAAGCUGCUCUAUGGCUGACCCGAAUUUUUACAGUAGUUUGUAGUUUUCUUUUCAUCUUUCCAAUCCUUGGAGGGAAUCCUUAUGGAUUUUACCAGAGAGCCCUGAUUAGCAAUGCAGCCACCAGUGCCCUGCGGCUACAUCAACGACUGCCAAACUUCCAAUUCAGUCGAGAGUUUUUUGCCCUUUUAUUCCUAGAAGACAGUUGUCACUAUUUGAUGUUCUCUUUAAUUUUCAUGAAUGGUUACCCAAUUACAAUGGCUGUCAUUCCUGUUUUUCUGUUCGCACUCCUUCAUGCCUGUAACUACACCAAAAAUGUCCUCAAUGUGAUGGGACCAGAGUCGAUGCAGUUCAUUCGUAAAUUAAUUGAGAAACUCCAGGUCCAGCAGACAAAUAUCCUGCGGUUUAUUGCCUGUACAGAGAUCUUCAUCAUGCCGGCUAUCAUCUUCAUGAUGUUUGUUGGAAAGUGCAGUUUUUUCCUGCCCAUUAUAUACUACAGAUUUUUAUCCUUACGAUAUUCCUCAAGAAGAAAUCCAUACUGCAGGACACUAUUUACUGAGAUGAGGAUGACGGUGGAACACUUUACGGCCAUGCCUAACUGUCCGGGGGUCAUCAGGGGGGCGUGUCUGAAGGCGAUAGCCAUCAUAUCCCGCCUGGCCCCCCAGCUACCCCAGUAACCUCUAGUCCUACAGUCCUAGUGUUCAGUGCAAUGUGAUAAGUGUGAUAAAAACAAUUGUGAAGGCCGUCAGCUGACUCAGUUAUCAAGAUCUCAAUGUCUUAGGGUAUGUUAUGUACACACUCAAGUUGACCUGGAGGUGUAUUUAGUUAGGAUUCAUCAAAAUGCAUCAUUUUAAUCACAAAUGUACAAAAUGUUCACAAAAUUUAGUUUGAUUUUAUCCCUAUCUGAUGCCUAAAAGGGGAGGGGGAUAAGAGAUCACUGGCAUAAUUGUACCUGUACGAGCUUUUUGGACAUAAAUGAAGGCUGUAUGAUUUAAAAGAUAAAAAAGAUAAUGUAAGAUAGAUAUGCAAAAAUUUCAUUAUUGGUUUGUAUUUACACAUACUGUAUCUAAAGACAAAUUUGUUAAAAUGGUUGGGUUACAUAGAAAGUUUUAAAGUCCCUGGGUGGGAUAUUUAAAGCAGUUUGAAUAACUUUUAAUACAUUUUUUUUGUAUUUUGAUCUGUCAUCAAUAGUUUUGUUUUUGUAAGUUUGUAUGGAACAAAAUAAAUUUCUAACAAAACAAAA